AUGAUGUGGAUCCGCGGAAUGGUGGAGAUUGACAAGAUUCAAAUAUUGAUCGGGGACCUGAUGCCAGAAGCCGUGCACAAAUUUCGGAUCGUUGAUUUCAUAGAAGCACUUACGAUCGCAUUGCGCGACCGUCUCGAUUUGGGAUGGGUCGAUAGGACGUACGAAGGCUUGAAUCUCAUUCUCAGGGCCCGCGAUGGCCAGGCGCUCGUCGUUUAUUGGGAUGAUGUUGACAACGCGCUAUUCCUUCUCCGUUCCGAGUACAAUUUCCGACGCGGUCGCUGCUUCGGCAGUUAUGAAAGAAAUGCAAAGGCGCUCUCCAGGAUUUGCGAGUUGAUGCGAAAAUUCCAAAUUCAAGCGGAGCGAAACGCGUUGCAUGUGUACGAGACGAAGGCGAGGCUGAAACAGGAAUGCGCCAAGUUCAACGAGUACAACAGGGACGCGACGGGGCUGGAUUUGAUGAUCGAUGCGAUCUGGCGCUCGAAGGCCAAGAGAGUCUCACCGUGGCGACGUUUCGGGCCCGAGGGAACGAUUUUGCGAAGGCCCAUGUAUCCGUUGGACGUCUCGCUUGGGCACGGCUACCAAUUCGCAAAAGCCUUCGAAACGAUGGGAAAUGACGAUCUACGAUUUAGUGCUCGAAAGAAGGAGAUCGAGAACUACCCAAAGAUCGUCCGAAUCACGGUCGAUUGCACGUGGGCUGGACGAUUGAAGAAUCCACGGCAACGCGACGUCAAUGAUUUCGUUCGAUCGCUGGGAUUCUACUGGGGAUCCCUCAUUCACAACGAAAAUCUGAAGGAUGUCCUCAAAGAACCGGGCGACUGCCUGCUUCGCGACGUUUUCGGCGAAUUCGAGCUGUUCACCCUGUCGCAAUUGGACGAGAAGAAGAACAUCAUCACCAGAAAGGUGUAUUUGCGGAACAACAAGCUCGUGAUCACGGACAAUGCCACCUUUCUGCUAACGUAUAUCGUGGCGCGCAAGUUGACGCCGGUGAAUCGACCGUAUUGCGACAAGACGAUCCGACUCGAAAUGUGCAUCCACCGGAUUGCCCAUGUAUUCCCCAUCCCGCAGACCCUCAUCCAGCUCGGGCUGCUUGGACCCAUGACUUUGGUGAUGGACCCGCGUCGGAAAUUGCCGGUACACACGAUCCAAGUCUUCCAGCUGGCGGAUGAACAAAAGGAUCGUCUCAUCACCCAGCUAUACGAUCGACGCAAUUUUGGAUUCGAACGCAUCUGGCGCUACAUCGGCUUCCAUUCCCCACCCCAGCAUCCCACCCAUCUGGUCAUCAUGAUGGAGAAUAUCAAGCUCGGCAGCGUCACCGAAUACGUCCGAUCGCAGACGCAGAAUCUCGAUCGGCUUGAGCUGUCGCGCUUCUGUUUCGAGACGUCGGAAGCGUUGCACUAUCUGGAGAAAUACGACUUUGUGCACAAGCGUCUCUCGGUUGAUUGCCUGCUGCUGACGUGUGAUCGUCAUGUGAAAUUGGUCAUUUAUGGGCUGUCGCAGGGAGAACUCUAUCCAACUACCGUCGAUCUCGAAGAUCCCGAACGCGCCAAGUGGGUUCCGCCGGAAUGUCUCCGAAGGGGCCGUACCCCAGAAGAUCCAUCCCCACACGAAUACGACAAUACAUCAGUGGUGCACACCUUCGGCACGGUCAUCUGGAGCAUCUUCCAUCAUUGCUUUGCCCCGUACGAACAGGAGACGGCGGCCGAGGUCACCUCGUACGCAUACCGAAUUGAGAACCCGCUCGACGUGAUGGACGACUACAUUCCCCAUAGCAUUGACAAGGUGAUGAACUCGUGCUGGUCGGCAGAUCCGGAUCGACGGCCCGACUUCAAGGAGAUCAAGGGCCAGAUCAGGAAGGCCGUCAGGGACAUGCUGCCAUUCCAA